CACCAAAGAAUUUUCUUAGUUCAAAUCAGCAAUAGAUCAUGUAUGUACACUGAAAAAAAGGGAAAACAAAAAGUAACAAUAACUGCGGGUCUGCAGAUAAAAAAACCCAAUCUUGAAUGUUCACCUGUUAGUUUUAGCUAUGUCCACAUUUCUGGGGUUUCACAGCAAACCAGUCCACAUAUUUGAUAUUUCCACACACACACAAGCUAGAUAACACCCCAAACUUGAAGUAAAAUAGGCCACUGAGAUUACCUUCAACAAAAAAAAAAAAUGGCCUCUUUUAAGUAUGUCUUGAUAAUAUACAGAAUAUUUUCAAUUUUUGCACUGGUUUUGGUUCCAAGAACUGUUCUUUCUGUGCCCUUUGUCGUUUUUCACGGAAUAUCUGACAAUUGCAAAAACAAAGGAAUAACACAUUUCACCACUCUUCUAAGUGACUGGUCAGGUUCACAAGGAUAUUGCAUUGAAAUCGGAAAUGGUGCUUGGGAUUCAUGGACAAUGCCCUUCCUAAAACAAACAGCCAUUGCUUGUGAAAAGGUGAAGGAAAUGGAAGAACUCAAAGAAGGUUACAACAUUAUUGGACUUUCCCAGGGUAAUCUGGUUGGCAGAGGGGUCAUUGAGUUAUGUGAUGGUGGACCUCCAGUGAGAAGUCUAAUAUCUUUGGCAGGUCCGCAUGCUGGAAUAGCAGCUGUUCCCUUAUGUGGAUCGGCUUUGGUUUGCAUUUUUGUGGACUUUCUGAUCAAGUUUGCAAUUUACAGCGACUUUGUUCAGGAACAUUUGGCACCUGCCAGUUUUAUCAAAAUCCCAACGGACCUGAAUGACUACAAAGAAGGAUGCAGCUUCCUGCCUAAGCUUAAUAACGAAAUAUAUAAGAAUUCUACUUACAAGGAGCGAUUUUCUAGCUUGGAAAACUUGGUUCUUAUCAUGUUCGAGAAGGACAACAUUUUGGUGCCGAGAGAGACUUCUUGGUUUGGAUAUUUCCCAGAUGAUUCGUGGGAAACAAUUUUGCCUGCACAACAGACAACUCUCUAUACAGAAGAUUGGAUUGGUCUGAAAACAUUGGACGAAGCUGGGAAAGUGAAGUUCGUAAACGUGUCUGGGGGACAUCUCGACAUUUCAUAUGGCGAAAUGAAGAAAUAUAUAGUUCCAUAUUUGGUGGAUAACUCGACCACACAACAAACAGUGCUCCAACAAUUUCAUACUUGGUCUGGCCAUGAGGAAAAGAUUCUUAAGCUAUUUGCUUCAUAUUGAAUGGGAUAUAUACGAAAUCUUAGAUAUACGAGUUGAGGAAUAAAUAACUACAAUUAAGUCUCUGUACCAUGUCAUAAUCGUUCAAUCGGUGGUUUUACGGCUCCAAGCUUAUACACGAAUCGUAACAUGUGUUUAUCUAUAAUUGUAGUGAUUUCUGUACGCAUACUCAAAUAUGCAAUGCUCUAUUACUUGUGCAAAUUGGACUGUAUGGAAAACAUGACUUUGAGUCAUAUUCCCAUAAUAAGGUACAAAAUGUUGUCUAUUUCUGAAAUAUUUGAAUAUGCAUGUGAAAGGAGGCAUCAUGAGCACACUCUCUGUUCUUAUUAUGAUCGGUAUCUGAAUUUAUUAUUGAAAUUGUUCGAGCUUGGAGCUGAACUGGAUUGGGCAAAUCUAAGUCAGGCUAGUAACUUCUACUUUGUACACAAUUUAUGGAGAGUGAUACAUGUAGCAAAAUUGUAUACUUGCUAUGUUGGAAAUAAUUAGGUUGACUCAAACUUCAUGAGACUGCACUUUUUGCUUCUGUUGAUCCUAACUGCAGUUGGUUUACAUCAUUAAUACAAGUUACAAACCCUAGACUGGACAGAAAACGGGCCUAUGUCGGUCGAGCCUUAAAUGGAUACAACUUGGGUGCAUAUAUCAAGUCAUCACAAUUUAAUCUGAAAAUGGAAACUCCUACUCUUGUUCGUUUUGACCAAAACGAGGAUGCGAGCUUCUACUUGUGCCGUCAAUGCAAAACUCAUGUUGCUUUGCAGCAAGAAUUGCUCCACAAGUUAUUACUGUAAAUUCGAUUACGAUUUUAUAGGGUCAAUGUGGCUCUGGGCCAAAACUACUCGGUCAUAACUGAUCAAAUUACAGCUAGUGCUUCCUGCAUCAACUGUAACUCAAACUUUGGAGCCAAAUUUAUUACUUUGAAGUUUGAGACUCCUGCUAUUAAAGCUGGAAGAUUCAUGAUUGACAUGACUAAUCUGCUUCUGUGGAAGGGUAAUCGGCUGGUGUAUGCACACACAGAGGAGCUGGUCCAGAAUGCAUGAAGAUGCCUGAAAAAGACGCGCGCUUUAAUUAUAAAAAGUAUCGUAGAAGCUAUUGAAUAAUGUUUUUUUUUUUCAAAUUGCAUGAUUUUUUAGAGCCUGGUUAUAUCCUUCAGUAGAGGGUUGUGAUUGGAAAAUUUAAUGAAAAAUGGUGUUUCUCUUAGUAACUUGUUUGUGAUAUCAGUUUUUGUGCUAUGGCCUUAUUGUUGAAUAUAUGUAUUUUGAUAGGUGGUCUAGGUUUGGUUUAACCUCAAUAGGAU